AUGCCAUACCCAGACACAUAUUUCUUCCUUAUGGAAUUCAUCGACUUGGGCACUGAGAUGGUUGAACCGGAGGACUUCUGUCGCCUCAUUGCGCAGCUUCAUCAAAUCAGUACAUCUCCGACGGGAAAGUUCGGCUUCUUUCAAACCACUCACCACGGACCUAACCCACAGAACAACAUCUGGGAAAGCAAUUGGUGCACCUAUUUCACGAGGCUGCUGACUCAAUUCCACGAUCGCGAGAUCAGGCAGAACGGGUCGCAGCCAGAAUACGAAGCUGCCUAUCGGACUCUUGUUUCUGUCGUUAUCCCACAGCUGCUUGAGCCUCUCCAAUCUAAUGGCCAAGUCUUGAAACCUUGCCUUAUACAUGGAGACCUAUGGGAAGAGAAUACCGGCAUCAAUCUUGGCACCGGCCUAUCUGUCGUGUUUGAUGCCAGUGUCAUGUACGCCCAUAACGAAAUGGAGCUGGGUAUGUGGCGAGCCGACAUCAUUCGUUUCGGAAAGCCAUUCUAUCGUCAGUAUCUUAGGCACAUGCCUCCUAGUGAACCGAGCGAACAAUUUGACGACCGCGACCGAUUGUACAGCAUCAAAUUCAAAAUCGCCCACUGUUUAGGGUGGCCAGAUUCUGCUCCUAGCCACCGCCAGCUGUAA